AUGCCCGCCCUUUCUGCACCUCAGGCUGAAGGCUCCAAGGUCAAUUCGAAAACGUCUCGACAACGCAAGCAUGCUAAAGUCAGCUUCUUGAGAGAGGAGGGAUCACCUAGAAGUGCCCCUGCACCUGCCUCAGCAGCCAUCGAGCCAGUAGCGUCGGCGUCGGCGUUGGCGUCCUCGUCCACCGAGCAAGCAAAGGAUGAGAGGUCGAAUCAGCGACCAAGUGCGGUUUCGAAACACACUGAUGGCACACUCGAAGAUCCCCCGAAGCGCAAAUCUGCGGGCAGAGGGCGCAUCGUAGAGGGACUGGCGGCGUUACCAUGGACCGCGCUUGCGGAGAGCCAAGUGUCGAGCCACCCCGCCGUCUUUACCAGGGACAACGACUACUACUUUGUGGCUACGGGCAACUCUGUCCGCAUUUUUGCGCGCUCGACAGGCGAGGUAGUCUCAACACUCUCUGUUCAGACCUCUGGAAGUGGAAGCUCGCAGCCACGGCGGAGAGCCGACUUGGUGCACACAGCUCGUAUCACAGCGAUAGCCUUACACCCUACAAAUCCUCUGCAGCUCGUCAGCGCAUCUAUGGAUGGUACUUUGAAGGUCUGGGACUACCUUGACGCCACGCUCUUGAGAUCCGUCGACCUCAAAUUUCCAAUCACCCAUCUGGCCCUCAGUCGGCACCACCCAGAGCACGCAUUCGUCGUUUUGAGGAAGCCCCGAGGGGAGGGAAAUGCGCAGGAGAAGGCUGAAGAUGCUUUCUUGAGCAAGGGCCCUUUCAACUCCAUCACUACCUCUUUGCUGCUCAACAGCGCAACCGCCACAUCGCAUCCAGGUGCAUCCAAGCCGAGUGAUGUUCAUCGUCUAGGUAAAAGUCGAGAUGCUGCUGGAAUAUCCAUUUCUCCCGACGGCAGGUACUUGGUCUUGAUUGGCAAUUGCAAGAUUUCUAUCGCCAAGUUCGCUGCAUUGCAGGAUGGCUUUACGAAAUUCAUCACCGACGAGAGCUUGACGUGUCUUGCAUUCCACCCAACAAACGGAACAUUCGCGACGGGCGAUCAGCGGGGACGAAUACGUAUCUGGCACAUGCUGAAUUUGCCGCCCGGGGAGCUGAAAGGGGCUGCAUUUGGAGAACGAAAAGCUCCCAAUACUCUUUUGCAUUGGCAUUCUCAUGCAGUUGCAGGGCUUGCAUUCACCCCUAAUGGCGCUCAGCUUGUGUCGGGCGGCGAAGAGGCGGUGCUUGUCCUAUGGCAAUUGGCCACAGGUCAGAAGGAGUUCGUGCCCCGAAUUGGGGCCCCCAUCGCUUCUGUGGCACUGGCGGGUGGUUUGGAGGGCAGGGGUCUAGAGUACGCAGUCAGACUAGCGGACGGAAGCAUGACGUUUGUCAGCUCUGUAAACCUCAAGCCUCAGAGGACAUUCACAAGGGUCAAGGUUGACGCGUCAAGAAAGCUCCUUCCACCCACCCAAUUGAUCUCCCUGCCUGUGCCGCUGGCAACGCAGCCAGGUACAGGGACGCUGAUUAUGCCUGCAGGUCAUCCCUCAAGUCUCCAAUUUUACGACCCAAUCAACGACCGACAUUUAGCAGAAAUUGAGAUCACCCCAUCCAAUAGGGUAUCGAGGCCUGACGACGCGCCUUUGGAACCUACCAGAGUGCUCAAGGUGACUUUCUCGCACGGCGCACACAGCGAUCGCACCCCAGCGGACUGGAUGGCGACUUACGAAGCGCGUCUCCUUGACGAAUUAGAGACGGAACGAUGUUUGAAGGUCUGGAAGUGGGAUCAUCCGACAGGCCGAUAUGGUUUGAAUACGCGCAUAGCAGACCCGCACGCCGCCGGUCUUACUGCCCUCAGCUUCUCGCCGGCCUCGCCUCGUCGUGCAAGAGGUACGAAGCCGGAACCGAUUCUUUGUACCGCGGCAAAAGAUGGCCAGAUGAAGACUUGGCGCCCGACCGCUCGAAAAGCAAAGGGAGGUGCCGCAUACACCUCAUGGUCUGCCCGUUCCGUCUUUGGGUAUCGGGGCUGCGUAGCCCACAACGUCGCAUGGUCAAGUGACGGAUCGUUACUGGCUGCAGCUCAAGGAGCGUUCGUGACGGUGUGGGAUGUGCAAACGAAUAUCCUGCAGACCGCUCUUCCUUGCGAGGAUGCUCAGCCAGCAAGCGACACCCUCUUCGCUGGGCUGGGUGACAGGUUCCUGGUCGCAACUAGCCGCCGAUCCAUCAUGGUCUGGGAUCUCAUCACAGGUCGGACAGCUUGGCAGCUGAGCGUUGCGCAUCGCAUCGACCAGCUCUUUGCACCCGCCCAAAGUGGUCAAGCCUUUGCGAUCAUACUCAACAUGCACUCACAAGCACAACAAAGGCAUAUCUCUGUCGUGCAGACCUUUGAACCCACGUCUUCUCGUGCCCUAUCGGCCUUUGAAUUACCUUUUGGUAUUCGCACGCUGGCACCGGUCUGGUCUCACCACACGCCAUCUGGCCCAGAUACCGAUGCUCGGCAGGACAUGUUCGGGCCGGUCUUCUACGCCAUUACAACUGAUCUGCAGGUUGUUGCAGUUGGCAGCACGGCACGUACGACACAGAGUUCUGGAUCGACGGCCCGGCCGCUGCACAGCAUCUCUGUCGCACGUCGGACACUGUUUGAUGAUCUCUUUGGGUCGAGCGUUUCGCAGCUCCACUCGAUCGAAGCUCCUCCUUCGGCCCUCUCCGCUAGCAAAGACGUAUUUGCUCUCUUUGACGCGCCAGCUCACCUUCUCCCGCCCCUGAGCUCCAUACUCGAUCCUUUUACUUCUGCGCUGAUGCCGGCGCAUGAGGUUGCGAGCAACAAGGUUGGAGAGGUCGAAAGAGAGCAACAAGGGUCUACGGCUGCAAAGACAGAGGAAGAAGAAGCGCGUGCCGCAGACGGAUCCAUGACCAGGCAAGAGCCCACGCAGCAGGACAUUGACGAGCUAGUCCAGCUAUUCCGGGAUCACGUCUCGGCGACGACAGAUUCUUCAACCGCCUUUGAGACGGAGCCCAAGUCGAAUGGCCACAUGACUCAGUCUGUGCGGGACGAAAGCGACCUCGAUACAUCGGCCGCCAACCGAGAAGCAGCUUUAAAUGGGAGAUCGGCCACAAAGGCAGUCAAACACGCUUUGAAGGCUGGGCCAGCCUCGCUUCGCUCGCGGUCAACAAACGGAUCAUCGAUGUCGACGGAGCCACCGACACCAUCACUGAAAGUCUCCAAGAAGCGGAAGCAAAGUGUCGGAGGGCGCUAG